GAUGGGGACGUUCACAGGCACCUCUACCUCCAGGGUGUCCUCACCAGCCUGGCGGAGGUGGCAGAGAGACCCAAGGUGUCUGAAUUCACUUGCCACAUUUCUGGGUGCUGCCAGGUCUUUGAUACACUGGACAGCUAUGAGCACCACUACAAUACUCUGCACAGGAACGUCUGCUCCUUCUGCAAGCGCUCCUUUCCAUCAGGGCAUCUCUUGGAUAUUCACAUCCUGGAGUGGCACGACUCGCUCUUCCAGAUAAUGGCCGAGAAGCAAAACAUGUACAGGUGUUUGGUAGAAGGCUGUGUGGAGAAGUUCAAGAGCAGCAAGGACAGAAAGGAUCAUCUGGUCACUGUUCACCUUUAUCCUGCUGACUUUCGGUUUGACAGACCAAAGAAAGUGAAAAG